AUGCUUCAACCAGACAAACCGGAGCAAGCCAUCGCAGUGACAGUGCCAGUUACAGAGAAUGUUGACACCAUCGCGAGUGCCCAGGACGCCAGUAAGACCACAGAAUCGGAGACGGCUCACCACUUGACCGGCUCAAGACUCUUCCUUGUUCUCGGUGGCCUCGGUCUGGCCAUUUACUUGUUUGCUCUGGAUAUUGCAGUCAUAUCUACCGCGAUCCCGACGAUUACAGUUCAGUUCAACUCUACCACGGCCAUCGGUUGGUAUGGAGCAGCUUACCCUCUGUGCCUCUGCUCGUUGCAGCCUCUAUCUGGAAAGCUGUAUGCCAACUUUUCUCUCAAAUGGACCUUCUUCGUCUUCGUCUCCAUCUUCCUUCUGGGUUCCCUACUCUGCGGUGCAGCUGCUAGUUCCAACAUGUUCAUCCUUGGCCGAGCUAUCGCUGGGACUGGGGGCGCAGGCAUAUUCUCUGGCUGUCUGUCCAUCCUCGCCAUCGUCACCCCACUCUCCAAACGUGCGCUCUACACUGCCGGCUUCACUUCACUGUUUGGAGUGGCCACAAUCACAGGUCCCAUCAUUGGAGGAGCUUUGACAACGAAGGUAUCGUGGAGAUGGUGCUUUUUCAUUAAUUUACCUAUUGGGGCGGUAACGCUGGUCGCGUUGGCUCUGUUCUUCAAGCCUCCCAUUCGAAAUUCCGAUAAAGCACCUUUGCGAGAGAGGAUACUGAACAUUGACAUCAUCGGCUGCGCAAUAUUCAUGCCAACCAUCGUCAUGGCUCUUCUGGCACUACAGUGGGGGGGCCACCAGUAUCCCUGGAAGUCGGCCACGGUGAUCGGACUCCUAUGCGGCUUUGCUGGUUCUGCUACGCUCUUCCUCGUCUGGGAGCAUCGGAAAGCCGACAAGGCCAUGAUCCCCUUCUCCAUCCUCUUCCAGCGUUCGAUUUUGCUGAGCUGCCUGUUCAGCAGCUUCAUGUUUGGUGCGUACAUCGUCAACAUCUACUACAUGCCUGAAUGGUUCCAAGUGAUCAAGGGGGCUAGUCCACUCCAUAGCGGUGUCAUGACUCUUCCAGCGGUUUGUACUCAAAUCGUCGCUGCCUCUGUUUCAGGGUUAACCAUUAAUCGUACCGGCUGGUAUAACCCCUGGUUUUUUAUCGGCAUCAGCUUCAUGGCCAUUGCGUCAGGACUCUACACAUCUCUUACCACUUCGACACCGCACGCAAAAUGGAUAACCUUCCUGGUCUUCCAGGGCAUUGGCGGAGUAGCUAUGCAGGGACCACUUCUUGCCGUCCAAGCCGUCCUAGCGUCAAAACCUCAACAGAUACCUGUCGGCAUAUCGACCGUGGCAUUCUUUCAGUACUUCGGAGCUUCCGUGUUUCAGAGCAUUGCCCUGGCAAUUUUUCAGAAUCAACUUGUCAAGUCGCUCAAGCAGCGUGCGGGCCUGGACAACAACCAAGUGCAGCAGUUACUGAAUGCUGGAUCGGGCCACGCUCGCAAGACGACAAUAAAUUCAUUCCCUGAGAAGCUGGAGCGUGUCCUUUGGGCAUACAACAAAGCAAUCACGAAUGUGUUUUAUGCCUCGAUGGCGUCGGCCAUCGUAGCAUUUAUGCUUGCUCUUGGGGUUGAAUGGAAAAAUAUCAAAGCGAAACCCGCACCUCGAAAGGGCGACGAAGCCGGAAUUGAAGAGACGAGCAACGGCAGCGAGCAGCCUUGA